AUGUGUGAGGACCGCGUGGUUCUCUCGCAUUGGACAUUCAAGAGGUAUAUCGCCGAGUCUAAACACUUCGAGCUUGUGAAGGAGGAAUUUAGGAUUACGAGCUUGUGCUUGGUGUAUCUCUCUUGGCCUCUCUUUGACAAGAAAGACUCAAAGAAUGACUCGGAGGAAACAUCGGAGAAUGAGCUCGACCUCCGAGACGGGUCCUACGCCUUUGCGCACUACGCAGUCGCCGAGUGGCCAAACCACCUCCAUAAAAUACGCGAUUUGCUCCGUCAACUUGCUACUCAACACGAUGCACAAUCUGUCAGUUACGAAACAGAGACGCUGGAGCUCUGUGAAGCAGCGGAGCAGAUGGUACAGGAGUGUCAGAACGACCUUCAAAUUAGGCACGCCGGAACCCAAGCGUCGCAUUCGACAGCCCAGCUGGAGGGGAAACUCCAUCGUUUUCUUACGGAAUUCGGAGGUGCCGAUGAUCUUCAGUCCCUAUGGGCUCAUGUGGACCGGCAUCAUGAGAAGUCUAACCAGCACAGCGGAAUCAGUUUAAGCAGGCUUCGAUCCACGAUGGCCUGGAUUCAAAGGUCGCUGGAGGAGCUCCCAGAAGCUCACCAAUCGCUAGAGCUAUACUAUGGUCCUAAUCUCUUCCGAUGCCCGAAUGUCACUUGCUUCUACUUCCACGAAGGGUUUCUUCACCAAGAAACGAGAGACGAACAUGUGAAGAGAAGUAGCACCGCUGGAGCUUGCGACAUGGCAAACACGGCCAGCUUCCAACCCGACCCAGAUAUAAAAGUGUGUCUCUUGAACGCUCUGGAGCCAGCAACGCCUAGCUUUCCCCGCAAGCGCCAAAUGGAACACCAUGAAAAAAAGCAACAUGGUCAAAGAUCGAAUGAUUUCGACCAGACGCGCACCAAGGAGCCCACCGGGUCCAACCACGCCGACUUGGACCGCGAGUCUGACCAGGAUGUGCAACGACACAGUUCCACCUUUUCUGUCCAGCGCCAGCAGGCCUUCGAGAGCUAA